GGUCGAGAAGUUGAGCCAAAGAGCUUGCGCGAGCUAUUGAAACUGUGGCGGAAUGGGUAGAUUUGCAGCAGAAAGUGUGGACUAGACCAUCUCGAGCUUUGUCUUACAUUGGUCAUCCAGCACGAUCGACAGUCGAGUUUCCCCGCGCCGCCACACCAUCUCCAACGCACAGGAGACCUUGGUGUGCAUGAUCAGGCUGACGUUCAACUGCAAGGUGUGUGUGUACCAGCCUUCACCAACCCUCGUCAUCGCAUCACACAUCUCAAACCGAUGCAGCAUAUCUGCAUGGACAUCGCACCUACUGAAGAUAAUGCCAUGACUACGGAUCCCAGUCAAAUGGCUUUCCGAGCCGUUACGCACUGGCUCCAGAGCCAGACUCUGCCGGUAUUCUGCUGCACUACACCGGGAUUCCGGCCGCGGAUGCCAACAGACAUCGAAGCUGACAGUGUGCCUUUAUCACAGUCUCAUCUGACCAAGGCGCUGAGCCAGCAAGAGCAGCAUCAGCAAAGCCAGUCGCCUCAGAUCAGCGACGCAGAAACCAGCGAAAGUGUCGCGCGGCGCGCAUCAUCUGCUCUGUGGACGAAGCCACUGCCACAGCUUCCGCCGCCCAACAUGUCCUUGUCAGGCAAAGUCGCCAUCGUCACCGGCGGCGCGCGAGGCAUCGGCGCCGCCAUCGCGUUGAAGCUCGCACGAGAAGGGGCCAGGGUCGCCUUCACCUUUGUAAACACUUCAUCAAUAGCCAAGGCCCAUGAGGUCAUAUCCGAGAUCGAGGCCUGCGGGUCCUCGGCGACCGCCAUCCAAGCCGACGUCUCCAAGCAUCAAAAGAAGGUCAUCGAGCGGACCAUGAUGGCGUUUGGCGUUACCAAGAUUGAUAUCCUCGUUAACAACGCCGCCGCGACGCUCAGCGCGACGCUCGACGACACCACCACCGAGGACUACGACCGCAUCUUCGACACCAACACGCGCGCCGUGUUCUUUAUGAUGCAAGCCGUCAAGCCGCACAUUGCGCCGGGCGGUCGCAUCAUCAACAUCUCAUCCGUCGCCGCGCGCGCCGAUUCGCCGGGCAGUAUGGCCUACGCGGGGAGCAAGGCGGCCGUCGAGGCGUUUACGCGCGUCGCAGCGCGGGAGAUGGGGCAGGCGCAUGGCGUGACUGUGAACUGUAUCAGCCCGGGGACGGUCAAGACGGAGAUGUUUGACUCGCUGCCCGACGAUCAGCGCAGCGCCGACUUGGAGAGGGCCUCGCUUACGCCUGCCGAGGCGAGAUUGGGCGCCGUCGAGGACAUUGCCGACGUUGUUGCGUUUGUGGCGAGCGACGAGUCGAGGUGGAUUACGGGGACGGUGAUUCCCGUCAACGGAGGUCGUCUGAUGAACUGAGACGGUGAUGAGAGAGUUCGGAGGAACCAACGACUGAUGGAAGUAUGCGACUGAGUGGCUGAUGGAGAGUGUUAUGAGGGAUGCGAAAAGUUAUUUAUAUGCCGGGCCUAUGGGACACAAAUGGGAAAGAGGAGGGUCGGUUUUGACAAGGCUGUAUAACAAGUCAGGUGUACGAUGUGAGUCUGGGUCUGAGACAUCGGGAUGAAAUUUCUUGUAUUCCUUCCUUGGCUUUUUUUCCUGGUCUUUCUUGGAUAACAAUACGGGUGUCUCUGGGUCUUCCGGGUUUGGGUUCUAUCGGGUGGGAGUGUCGGUCAUGCAGUGCUACAUGAAGCUGUACUUUUGGUUAUUUCUUGGGAUUCCCUGUCAGCUUGUUUGGGAGCUGCCUUUCUUCUUCCUCUUCGUGUAUGGUAACGACUUUUGAAAUUUCUUGAGUACACGGCCGGGAACAGUCUGGAAUACCACUUAUGAAUUUGCUUUUAUGUAUCGGUCUUGCGGAAGCUGUGAGGUGGUGAUGAUGAUGCAAGGCUGAGGUUGGUGAUCCG